UGCACCUCUCUGACAGCGGUCUAUCGUUCAGCGAGUCAUUCAGGGCUCCAGCGGUCGAUCUGCUUAUAAGGGGAGAUGUGUGUUAGUGUUACAGCGUGCAUAUUAUUAUGCAUUGGGGACUGCUGCUGCUGCUGCUAGUACUACCGCUAGAUUGAAGAGCGCGCAACCUGUCCCAGGAACAAUCACGAGUGCAGUCCAGUCCAGCCAACAUCUGAACAGCAGCAGACUUCAGGGAAGGGGUGUCUCGCCAGCAGGUCGAGAUGAGCUCGAGCGGUAGAGCAUGGCUUCUGAGCUUAAUUGCAGUAGCUACCAUUUCGCUUCUGGUGGCGGGAGUCGCCGCGGAGCCUGAGCAGUGGAGCCGCAGGUCUCUUCUGUACUAUGGCAUGCCAUCUCCCCCACCGCCCCCGUACGUAGUCCGUACCUCCCCUCCCCCGCCUCCUCGCAGUAGUCCUCCUCCUCCUCCUACUCCAUCCCCACCACCCCCAAGCAGCUCACCUCCCCCGCCCCCCUACGUAGUUCGCACCUCCCCUCCCCCGCCUCCUCGCAGUAGUCCUCCUCCUCCUCCUACUCCAUCCCCACCACCCCCAAGCAGCUCUCCUCCCCCGCCUCCUCGCAGUAGUCCUCCUCCUCCUCCUACUCCAUCCCCACCACCUCCAAGCAGCUCUCCUCCCCCGCCCCCCUACGUAGUUCGCACUUCCCCUCCCCCGCCUCCUCGCAGUAGUCCUCCUCCUCCUCCUACUCCGUCCCCACCACCUCCCAGAAGCUCUCCUCCCCCGCCUCCACUCAGUAGUCCUCCUCCACCUCGCAGUGGGUCGUCGCCAGGCUACGGCAGCGCUCCUCCUCCUCCUUCUCAGUCUCCACCACCGCCUGCUCCUCGAAGCUCUCCUCCCCCUCCUCCCAGGUCGUCACCACCUCCUCCCCCCAGGACUUCUCCCCCUCCCCCACCGAGGUCGAACACCUGCACGAAGGACAAGAGCGUUUGCAACAAUUGGUGGCAGCCGGGACCGACUUGCUGCUCAGGGAAGUGUGUGGAUACCAGUUCCAAUGUGAUGCACUGUGGGAGCUGCGGCGGCGCUUGCCUUUGGGGCUUGGCCUGCUGCAAGAGCAAGUGCGUCGACUACCGGGACGAUCCUAAGAAUUGCGGUAGCUGUGGCACCAAGUGCUACGGUGCUAGAAGGGGCGAACCGGGCAAGUGCGAAUUCGGUCUUUGUGAAUACAGUCAACCAUACGAUGAACGUGAUGACAACGACGGUGAUCACCAUCACGAUGACCGUGAAGACAACGAUGACCGUGAAGACAACGGAGGCCGCCAGGACAACAACAACCGUGGCCAGGACCGCAGCCGUCGGCAGGGACGAGAUGAUUAGUCGAGCGCGGGUGACAGGUUUUGAAGAUCGGUGGGUGCCGCAGAUUCAUCGACUCAGCUGCAAGACGGUGGCGUUGUCAUCAUUGGACAAACGAAGCCUGUUGUGCUGAGGCAUGGGGCUGCUCCCACAAUCAAUCUCAGACGAGCCAGAUUUGCACUAGUAGAUUAGCUAGGCUGACCAGAUAAAACUCACUCAUUCAUUCAUUCAUUCAUUCAUCCAUUCAUUGAUGCCCAAACUUCACUGGGCUGUAAGGCCCUGAAGAACCAGCGAGUUGAACAUGACAUAGAUUAGCUACAACGUAACUGAAUCUAGAUGCUAAGAGGUUGUUGGAGUGAAUCGAGGACCCUCGUCAUUGCCUGAACUAGCUCUGUCGUCCGUCCUCGAUCAGAUUCAUUUUUUUUUCCAACCUCUUCCUAAGCUUGAACCAUGCUCAACUUUGAUGGAACUUGUCUUUUCCCGGAUUCGUUUGCCCACUCGUUAGAGAGACUGACACUACUCUGCUGCUGCUUGGCGAGACUUCAUCAGCUCGGAGGGCAAAAGCCAUGAAUCGGCCGAUCCAUUGUGUGAGCAGGCAGAUUCUUUUGCAGCGCCAGGAAGACUCUGAAGCUCACGUACGUGUCAGCUCUUGUAUACAUUCCUGCACUAGGUAGGCCCUUGUAGGCUUUGCAGGAAACGCGCACGGAGGGUAAGACGUAGCUUUCGUGAGAGAUUUUCUGCAGGAUAAAUAGAAGCAGGUGAUCAUAAGCAUAGAACGUGUUUUUGAAGCCAGGCAGGAGAACUUUAGUACUGAGAAUAACGUCGUUGUUCUGAAUUAGCCGACCGUCAAUUGAUUUUGACUCAAAGGUGAUCUGAGUUAAAAGUUCCUCUCUAGCUAGCAAGCUCGAGCUAGGAAGCGCUCCACUGCUGCUGGUGAUAUGUAGUCACUACUUUGAUUACAGCACUGACCAGCACUGUUUCGAAAACAACAGUGUAAUGCUACGAUGCAAAUAAAAUGAGUUUGAACUUAACUUUAGACUUUUC